AUGGUACAGCUGUUUUACAAGUACAUCCACUUGUCGUACCAGGUGCUGCCAAACUUGAAGGAGUUUUUGGAGAGAUUCUAUCUAACGGACGAGAAUGUUGCAAUCUUAAGCGCAAUGUUUGAGAUGACUGUCCGAUAUAUUAAUCCGAAUGAGGUGGAGGACAAAAAGUUUCUUGACGAGAGUUAUUGGCUGCAGAAUUGCUACAAAUAUCGCCACAACCUGUCAGUAGAAGCAGAGCUAUUGAUAUUGACCAUGACCUGCACCUCUGGCGAGGACGAUCAAUUGCAUCGCUGUUUCCGUUUGAUAAAAAGUUCUGGAUAUCUGGACGUGCUGAAGCGGAAGUCGCAAGCCGACUACAACGAAAUGCUUGAUAUUUCAACAGGGCGCCAGCUUAAAGACCGCGAGCUGCUGAUCCGAUGCGUAUGGAACGUGUACAAGUUCCAAACAUACCGACGGGCCAACUAUGGCUAUCCGUACCAUAAACAUGGGUUUUUCAAGCUGCCUGAACAAUUGGAGCUACCUCUGGACGAUAUCGUGUACUAUAAAGAGUCGGCUUCCAUGGAGUCCUUCAAAUCUGCGUUUAAAAAAGCUCAUUGCUCAGACUCUAUCAACCUGAACGAUCCGGCCAGUGACGAUAUGCCUGACUCCAUGAUGCUAAUUCUAUCCUGUCAUUACAUGGACGAGGUGAUGGACAAUGUUGCAGAAAACGCCUUAUUGACCGAAAAUGUCAUCAAACUGGACUCACAAUUGCAGAAAAUGGCAUCGCUUCCUAAUUUCUGUCCAUAUACUAUAGAGAACAACCGUUUGCUGAUUGAUGCCAACGUCUUGCUGUCAUGUUUCGUGAACAAGCUCUCUCUCAUCAUCCUGCACUCCUCGAUUUGCUGGUCAUUGCUUCCGCUGCAUCCAAAGGACUCUAGACAGUGCCCAAAUCAACUUUCCCUAAUGAACGACUUUCCUACUCCACUCCCAGAUACCUCUCAACUGGUUUCUCCUACAGAUUUUCGUCAAUGGAAAUCUUUUGUCGCUUGUCUCCGGGCUGCCUACGAUAUCGCCUCGUUGGUGCAACUAGGCGAAGGAAUCUGUGCAGAGUCGCUGCAGAUGGAUACAAUGUUCCCUGUAAGCGUGGGCCCAUGUUCUGCGGACGCAAACGAGGAAUGUUUCAGCACAGAUCAGUCGCUGCUGGCCAAGUCCACCGUGCUACCAACAACAGAACCAUGGGUGCAGUACCCAUCGUUCUGUGCGGUGGGAGUCUGCAACUCUGUGCCAAUACUGGGCUCUGCAUUGCUUUUCCUUCGCCAACACCAAUUCCGUGUCGAAAAAAAGCAAGACCGGUAUGCGGCAUCUGUAUUGCGCGGAACCGAAAUACUGGCCGAAUGGGACGUGGAUGCCGAGAGCGCGGAAUUCAUCGCAGAAAAAUUGCGCGACAACUAUCUCACCAACAAGCUUCGCCUUAUCAGCAAGUACCUUUCUGCGAUUGGGAAGUUCAGAAGCGGUGUUCGUCUGGCGGGAACUAUUACCGACGAGCUGAUAAGCCGUUUAUCGACGACCUAA